AUGCCCACCUCUCCGCCGCCAGCCCCAACUCAUCACCGCCAUCCUCAACGCCCACUCUCGCCGCCAACCCCAACUCAUCACCGCCAUCCUCAGCCACUCUCGCCCCAGCCCCAACUCAUCACACCAUCCUCAACGCCCACUCUCGCCCCAGCCCCAACUCGAUUCACCGCAUCCUCAAUCCCACUUCGCCCCAGCCCCACAACUCAUCACCGCCAUCUCAACGCCACUUCUCGCCGCCAACCCCAACUCAUCACCCGCCAUUCCUUUCAACGGCCCACUCUGCCGCCACCCAACUCAUUCGCCGCCAUCCUCAACGACCACUCUUGCGGCUGGCCCCAACUCAUUGCCACCAUCCUCAAUGCCCACUCUUGCAGCUGGCCCCAGCUCAUCGCCGCCAUCCUCGACACCCACUCGCUGCCGACCCCAACUCAUUGCCGCCAUCCUCAACGACCACUCGCCGCCAACCCCAACUCAUUGCCGCCAUCCUCAAUGACCACUCGCCGCCAGCGCCAACUCAUCGCCAACAUCCUCGCAGCCCACUCACCGCACCAACUCAUCGCCGCCAUCCUCAAUGCCCACUCACCGCCGGCCCCACGCCAGCCCCAACUUAUCGCUGCCAUCCUCAACACCCACUCACCUCCAGCCCCGACUCAUCGCCGCCAUCUUCAGCGCCCACUCGAAGCCAGCCCCAACUCAUUGCCGCCAUUCUCAACGACCACUCACUGCCAGCCCCAACUCAUCACCGCCAUCCUCGCAGCCCACUCACCGCACCAACUCAUCGCCGCCAUCCUCAAUGCCCACUCACCGCCGGCCCCACGCCGGCCCCAACUUAUCGCUGCCAUCCUCAACACCCACUCACCACCAGCCCCGACUCAUCGCCACCAUCUUCAGCGCCCACUCGCCGCCAGCCCCAACUCAUUGCCGCCAUCCUCAACAUCCACUCACCGCCAACCCCAACUUAUCGCCACCAUCCUCAACACCCACUCACUGCCAGCCCCAACUCAUCGGCGCCAUCUUCAACGCCCACUCACCACCGGCUCCAGCUCAUUGCUGUCAUCCUCAAUGCAAACUCGCCGCCGGCCCCAACUCAUCGCCACCAUCUUCAGCGCCCACUCGCCACCGGCCCCAAAUUCAUUACCGCCAUCCUCAACACCCACUCACCGCCGGCCCCAAAUUCAUCGCCGCCAUCUUCAGCACGCACUCGCCACCGGCCCCAAUUCACUGCCACCAUCCUCAAUGCCCACUCACCGCUGGCCCCAACUUAUCGCCGCCAUCUUCAACACUCACUCACCGCUGGCGCCAACUCAUCGCCGCCAUCCUCGGCACCCACUCUCGCCGCCAGCACCAACUCAUCACCACCAGCCCCAACUCAUCGCUGCCAUCCUCAACGCCCACUCUUGCCACCAUCCUCAACGCCCACUCACAGCAGUCCCCAACCCAUUGCCGCUAUCUUUAACGCCUACUCUCACCACCGGCCCCAAUUCAUUGCCACCAUCCUCAACGCCUACUCUCACCACCGGCCCCAACUCAUCGCCACCAUCCUCAAUGCCUACUCUCGCCACCGGCCCCAACUCAUUGCCACCAUCCUCAACGCCUACUCUCACCACCGGCCCCAACUCAUCGCCACCAUCCUCAAUGCCUACUCUCACCGCCGGCCCCAACUCAUCGCCACCAUCCUCAAUGCCUACUCUCACCGCCGGCCCCAACUCAUCGCCACCAUCCUCAAUGCCUACUCUCGCCGCCGGCCCCAACUCAUCGCCACCAUCCUCAAUGCCUACUCUCACCGCCGGCCCCAACUCAUCGCUGCCAUCCUCAACGCCCACUCGCUGCCGGCCCCAACUCAUCACUGCCAUCCUCGACACCCACUAG